AUGACAAUUUACAAAUUAAAAGAAUAUCAUAAAAAAGUAAACUACGAAAUUAUUGUAGAUUUAUAUCAACUUUUGCAAGCAAUUGAAUUUCGAAAAAGAUUUAAAUAUUCUAAAUCAUGGGAUCUCUUAACAAAAUUAAGUAAAAGUAAUACUGAAUAUAAUUAUGAUGCCAAAUAUUGGAUGGCAAAUUUUCUUUCCAAAGGGCUAGGUGUUAAAAAAGAUAAGAAAAGGGCUUUUGAAUACUUUAAUGAAGUUAAUAAUCACUUUCCUAAUAAAGAUGAGAAAUUUUUUAUUUUAAGAUUAAAAUACCGUAGUUUGUUUAUUGAUUUUAAUGAUGCACCAGAGUUAAGAUUGGAUGAAUUCUUCUUAUCCAAUCUAAGUAUUGGAACUACCUAA